GGGGCCCCAGCGCAGGCGCGGCCGCUGCCCGCCCCGUCGGGGCGGCGCUUGGGGACGCGGAGCGCUGCGGGCGGCGGAGCGCGAUCGUGCACCGGGCACCGGGCACCGAGCAGGGCCGGUGCGGAAGGAUGUUUUCCUCAGUGAAGCCGUACGAGAACCAGCGCUAUGCCUCCCUGAAGAAGGAGUGCCUGCGGCGGAAGCAGCUCUUUGAGGACCCUCUCUUCCCCGCCAACGAUGACUCGCUCUUCUACAAGUCAAGGAUCCAGGGCAUCCAGUGGAAGCGGCCAAAAGAAAUCUGCGACGAUCCCCGUCUCUUUGUGGACGGGAUCAGCUCCCAUGACUUACACCAGGGCCAGGUCGGAAACUGCUGGUUCGUGGCUGCCUGUUCCUCCCUGGCGUCCCGCGAGUCUCUGUGGCAGAAGGUCAUCCCGGACUGGAAGGAGCAGGAGUGGAACCCCGAGAAACCGGAGAGCUACGCAGGGAUCUUCCACUUCCAGUUCUGGCGCUUCGGGCAGUGGCUGGAUGUGGUCAUAGAUGACCGCCUGCCCACACUCCACAACCAGCUCAUCUACUGCCACUCCAACUCCAGGAAUGAGUUCUGGUGCGCCUUGGUGGAGAAAGCUUAUGCCAAGCUGUCAGGCUGUUACGAGGCCCUUGAUGGAGGCAACACAGCAGAUGCACUGGUAGACUUUACUGGUGGGGUCUCUGAACCAAUUGACCUGACUGAAGGGGACUACAUCACCGAUGAAGCCAAGCGAAACCUCCUGUUUGAGCGUGUGUUGAAGGUGCACAACCGGGGAGGCCUCAUCAGCUGCUCCAUCAAAGCCACAUCGGCGGCUGACAUGGAGGCCCGCCUGGCUUGUGGGCUGGUGAAGGGCCACGCGUACGCAGUGACAGACGUGAGGAAGGUCCGCCUGGGUCACGGCCUGCUCUCCUUCUUCAAGUCGGAGAAGCUGGAUAUGAUCCGCAUGCGGAACCCGUGGGGUGAACGAGAGUGGAACGGACCUUGGAGUGACACCUCUGAGGAGUGGCAGAAAGUGAGCAAAAGUGAAAGAGAGAAGAUGGGGAUGACGGUGGAAGACGAUGGAGAGUUCUGGAUGACCUUUGAAGACUUCUGCAAAUACUUCACAGACAUCAUCAAGUGCCGUCUCAUCAACACAUCCUACCUCAGCAUCCAUAAGACCUGGGAAGAGGCCGUGCUCCAUGGGGCGUGGACCAGAAGUGAAGACCCCUUGAAGAACCGCAGUGGAGGCUGUAUCAACCACAAGAACACCUUUUUGCAGAACCCCCAGUACGUGUUUGAUGUGAAGAAGGCGGAAGAUGAAGUGCUGAUCUCCAUCCAGCAGAAGCCAAAAAGGACCAGUCGCAAAGAAGGCAAAGGAGAGAACUUGGCCAUAGGCUUUGAUAUCCAUAAGGUGGAGCUGAACAGGAACUACCGCAUGCACACCCUGCAGCAGAAGGUGGCCAGCUCCAUCUACAUCAACUCCCGCAGCGUCUUCCUGAGGACGGACCUGAAGGAAGGCCGCUACGUCAUCAUCCCCACCACAUUUGACCCUGGGCACGAGGGCGAGUUCCUUCUCAGGGUUUUCACAGAUGUGCCUUCAGAUUGCCGAGAGCUGAUGCUGGAUGAGCCACCGCACACCUGCUGGAGUGGGAUGUGCGGCUACCCGCAGGUGGUGUCCCAGAUCCACGUCCUUGCUGCAGCUGGGCUCAGGAACCAGGACUCCCAAGGAGGAGCUGACCCUUACGUGAUCAUAAAGUGCGAAGGGCAAAAGGUUCGCUCCCCAGUGAAGAAGGACACGGUGUCUCCAGAAUUCGAUGUGAAAGGCCUCUUCUACCGCAAGAAGCCAGGACAACCCAUCAUAGUUCAGAUCUGGAACCACAACUUGAUAAGCGACGAGUUCUUGGGCCAGGUGGCACUCACGGGAGACCCCAGCGACCUGCAGUCAGUGCACACGCUGCACCUCCAGGACAAAGGGAACAGGAGAUCAAAUGAUCUGCCUGGCACCAUCGCCGUGAGGCUGCUCAGCAGCAACGUGCUCACCAAUGUCUGAGCCCUCAAGGACUCUUCUCUGCUGCCACAUAUGUAUAUAUAUACAUAUAUAGACGUGCACACGCAUAUAUAUACACCCAGCCUCUCUACCACCUGCAAGUGUAUAUGAACGAUGCAUGCAUUCCACUCAAAGGAGCCAAAUUUGUGUUUUCAAUGUUCAAAAUGGUGCCUUUUGGGGGAACCGCAACGAUCCUUCUGCCGGCGUCCUCUGCAGCCCCAUCACCGCCACGCACCCCGGGGCAUCUCUGCGUGUCCCGACAGCCAGAGCACGAUGCCCGGGUGCUCUUUGUUUACACAGGGGUGGCACGCACAUGCCACCGUGCACGUGUGGCUGCCGUGGUGCCACCAGCCGCUUCAAUGCAUCUCCAAUGUGUCUGCUUGGGUUUAGAGUAGGGCGCGGGGAGUCCUCUCCCCGCGAAUUGCCAUUUAAUCGCUUAUCUGAGGAGGCCACGUCAGCAAAGCAGAAGUGGAAAAAUAGAUUGGGGCUUUUGGGAUGUUUUCCGGGUUUCUGAAGGAUGCAAAGAUGCCAACGACCGUGGCAGGACAGCUGAUCUCCAGAGCCAGGUUUUUGAGCCGGUCUGGUCUCACCUCCUGUGUGUGCCUCUCAAACUGCCGUGGUGCCUGCUGUCUCCAUUGCUUCGUGCAGUCCCUGUCUCUAGAGCUUGAAUUUGGCUUUUGGUUGAGUGGGGUUGGGUUGUUUGAUGGAUACAUUCAACAUUUAGGUAAGAGGAGAACAGUUCCUCCAAAGUCCAGAGCAUCAGGUCCGAUGGAUGAGAAGCUUUGCUCAACGGGCAUCAGCUUUACUGCUGCAUACAGAUCUCCAUCGCAUCGUUUCUCAGUGCUUCACUUUCCCAAGUUCUUUUUGAAAGCCGUGGGGUUUUAUCUUGUGCUAAAGGAGAGGAGCACUACUCCCAGAGCAGCCUGAAAUGCUAGAAAUAUUUAAUUCAUACCAGUGUCCAUCUUCCACCUUCAAUUUCCAUCUGCUGGCCUGGAGGAUGAGUUGCACUGGGCUAAAGUCAGUCCCACAAGCGCAACCCAAACACGCUUUCAGGGGACUGAGCACGGUCCUGCAGUGUGCAGGAUCAUGCUCUGCUCCUGUUUGCCAUGAACCCUGGGUUUAUCUUCCCUGUUCCACUGGGUGGCAGAAUCCAGCUUCAUUUAAACAACCCAGAUGAAGGAAAAAAUCCCUCGUCUGCCCCAUCUCAUCAAGGCACAUUGCAUAGCACUUUUUCUUCUGUUGUUUAGGUGUAGGGUUUUUUAUGUGCCUUUUCAAAAUGGUGUGAGGUAAGGGUUUUUCUGUGAACUCGACAUGAUUUUCUAACAUGUAGAUCUUUUGCAGUCACCUCCGUGCAAGGGGAAGGGAACACACAUGAUGCAAGGGGAAGGAAACACACAUGAUGCAAUGCUUCCUGUAAAUGGGAUUUUUUUUAGUAGGUAGAAGGCAAUCAUGAUAAAUCCUGGCCUGAGCAGAGUCCUCUGGCUGCAAGGACAAGUGAACACGCAAGCCCUCUACUGCUACAGCAAGUAGGAUUUCUGUCUAUCCUGCUAAAUGCCCGUGUUUGUGCUGUAAAGCUGUAAUUUUUUAAAGUCCCUAAAGAUCUGCUAGGUCUGUAACAUGGUAAAUUGUUUCCCAAAGUCAAGUUAGGUGCCAGCUCCAAUCCUGGUGCCUCCUGAAGCACCCGGUACAACUUCAUGGAUGUUUGUAGGCUGUUCUCCUUUCCUCAUCGUUAGCUGCCAAGCUCCUAAGGGUACGAAUUGGAUUUUGGGCAGCAUGAUCGAGGGUUAUUCCGAUUUGGUCCUGGGUUUGUGCAUGGGACUCAUCACCGAAAAUAAGUGGAAGCAGCACUGUGGGGCCAGAAAGUCUGCUUUAGGUUUUAGGAGAGGAUCUGGGAUGCCUGGAAAUACCCAGGAGAGGAGGGAGAAGAGCCACUGAUCUGGAGGAGAACAUCACAGGAACGUCACAGGAGCUUUGCACCAUCAGCAGCAGGUGGGGACAGCCAGUGUGCCUGCUUGAGCCUCGUUUUCUCAGGAAAUCAGGCUGCCCAUCGCUUCAGCCUUUAGGCCGGGGUCCCCCCAAAAAUGGCAAACCGCACUGUGAGCCCCAAGGAGCGGUGCUGAAGCUUGCUGGGGGGGUAGCGAUGCCCCGACAUCCAUGGCCAGGCUCCUUCCUUCUACAGAGAAUCAAGCCAUAAAGAAAGGCAGCUUUUUAAUACCUUCUUCAAAAAAAAAAAAAAUCAUCAUCUUGCCAUAUCAGGACCAAAAGUUUUUAAUAUUAGUAAUAGUUCUGUUCUUUUUUCUUUUUUUCUUUCUUUUUUCUUUUUUUUUUUUUUUUUAAAUAUUAAGUUAGAAGCCUUCUUUCCCCCUUCAUUUCCAAGGGAAUGACAAAAAAUAUCUUUUUUUUUUUUCUUUUGUUUGUAGAGUGGACUGAGGAGGGCAGUUAUUGAAAUGCCAUUGUGAUUCUCGAUGCCUUUUCUCUUUGAAUGAAGCAAAUGGAAAUAUUCAAGGUUUCUUGAUAAGCCUGCUAAGCACUUUCCAGUCCCCCCGAGAUGGCAUAGGACAUAUCUCUGAUUUAUCUUCCAUUUUUUUAUGAAUCAUUUCAUUGAUUGCAAGUAGCCUGCCAUUGCACUCUGUGAAAUCCUUUUUAUUUUUCGUGUUGUGAGUGUGUUAAACCAGGCUAUGACUUGUCUUCACCUCCAAAGGCACUGAUGUGUCACGCUGCACAAGAUCAGAGAGCAGGCCAAACAGAAAGCCAAUGUUGUACAGCUGUAAACCUCCUAUAAAUAAAUUGGGUAUAUUUUA